AGAACUGAGAAGACAAGAGGGCUGGCGUGGCGGGAGAUAAACCCUAAGACAGUAAAUUCAUGAAUAUAUCAUUAUUAUAUUAAUAUCCAUUGCCAACUCUUUAUUAUAAUAAUAGUAAAUCCUGUAUUUCUCUUUCUCUCUCUAGACGUGUGUGUGUGUGUGUGUGAGUGAGUGUGUGCACCUCGGUGGUUACGCUCAAGGCUGAGUUAAAUGGCUCACAUUUUCUUCUGUUUCUCCUUUUCGGUUUUUUAUGGCUUUCCAUUUGUCUCUGCAAAUUACCCACUUCUACUUUUACCACUCGAAAUAUAUUAGAUCAGGGAACAGGAAACACAAUUCAGCCAAGGCAGCUCUAUCUUCAAGUUGUAAAUCAAAGGAACAAAGAAAGUGUAGGCUUGUAAGAAAUAAUGUCCCCUUUGAGUUGGUUAGAUGUCACACUUCAUCAAAGCAGUUUUCACCUCCAGCUACUGCUUAUAAUGCUCAAAUCAAUAGUGAGAGUUGUGAUCCAGAGGCCAAAGCUCAGUGUGGUGAAAUCGAAUUCAAUCGGGUUGACUGUCUUGUAUGGGUAUUACAUGAAUCUGCUAGAAGCUUCUCCCUUGCAGUUGAAUCCCUCAAAUUGAAUGGAACUGGUCCAGAGCUUGCCAUGGCGUGGGUUGGAAAGGAUGUACAUGAAUGGCAUAAACGGAUUUCUUAUCUGGUCGCUAUUUAUGCUAUGUUGAAGACAGCAGUUGAAGUAGAAGUUCUGCUCUCUCAGGAACGCCGUUGUAACAUCCUUUCCCCGGUAAAAGAAAUCUUGACACCAAAGAUUAAUUUGAUUGGUGAGUGCAUCGAAAAUCAGUUGAACGCCAGGCAUUCUGAACUAGGAGAAUGGUUUAGGGUCGUUGAACUGCCGCGUGUGACAUCAUUUUUCAUCCCUUUGUUGAAAAAGUGGUCAAUGGAAUAUGCAGGAAGUGGUGUCGCAGGGAUGGUUGUGGCUAUCAGCUGCUGUGCUGCAGUGGGGAAAUUGGGUUCUAGGCGUGUCUCUUGUCCUUUGUUUACAUUUUCGGUUGAGGAUGUAAUGGUAGAAUUCAUGGAUCUUGCACACAGCUUUGUAUCCGUGGAAAAAUUGCAUCAAUUAGCUACUGAGGCAGGGUUUGAGUUAGAUUUCUUGUCCCAUUUUGGUAAAAAGGUCUUUCCAAGUAAGAAAAGUGAAGAGCUAGAAUUUUGGAUUGGAUUGGCUCAGAAGAAACUCUCAGUAGCAUUCCACGAAGUAACUGUUAUUUCAACAGGGAGGACUUUCCCUGACAAGGUUCAAGCAGAUACUUUGGCUACUUUAGGACUUUUUGCAUAUCUUGGAGGAAGGACUAGAUUAUUCUUAUCAAGAAUGGGCAUAAAGGAUCUUGAUGAGCCAGUUAGGGACUUGCUCAGCUACUUGGAGUGUGGUAGCAUAUUUAUCUAUCCAGAAUUUUCUUCAAUAUCCAUGUACCAGUCCUUCAUGGAGGUAGUGACUGAUGAAAUUGGAUGGCUUGAUUUUUAUGCUCCAUUUCCUUCGGUAAGCAGUCAAGAGAGACGAAGAUCGAAGCAACAUGUCCUACAAGCAGAGAAAGAGAUUGUUCUGUCCACAGUUUUUGCUGCAUGCUAUGAUGUUUACUCAGGAUUUGCUCACUUCACUCGUUCAACUCAACAGCUCUUAGACUCUGAUUUGCUAUCAUUCUUGUUGCAGAGUCAGACCCUGUUAGCCUUUUGUUUGGAAGACUACUGGGCUGUCUAUGGUAAACCAAGUGAAUUUCUAAGAACUACAGAAAGUAGUUUUUAUGAUCCCACGCUAUCAUCAAUGAAAGCCAUAGGUACAACCAAGGCAUCUCUAACCAUGGAAUCUCAACAAAUCCAUAGUAACUUAGUUACGACCAGGCAUCCAAAUGAAGAGACUUUGCAUGGUUUUAGACUAACAAAGGCUACUUGCGCACCAAGAACCGAAACAUUGAAUUCUACAAAGGAGAGUACUUCAAAACCAAGUCCUAUUCAUACGAGUUUAAUAAAAAAGUACAGCACCAAGUUGGCAUCUGCAAGCUCUGAUAUAUGGAUGGGCACUCGCUUGCUUUUUGUAGACAUUAGAAGUGCUUUGGAGCUGUUCUUCAAACAAAUGGGUGGAUACAAGGUUACAAGGAGUGAGAGCAAUAAAUUGAAAAGAACACUUAAUGACAUGGCCUCACUAGUCCCAGUUACAAUUCUAAUGCUACUUCCCGUAUCAGCUAUAGGUCAUGCAGCCAUACUAGCAGCCAUCAAAAAGUACAUGCCAUACUUGAUCCCUUCUCCUUAUUCUUCUGAGAGGCUGGAUGUUGUGAAACAACUAAAGAGAACUAAGAAGAUGGAAGUAAGGAUACGAAGCAACCCUGAAGAUCCUUCCUCCAAAAUAUCAUGAGAAUAGGGGUGAUUUUGAACCUUUAACACAGCUUCCAAUUUAACAAGCUGGUUAUGAUUUCUAUUAUUUGUGCUUCUGAAAGGUAUAUAUAUGUGCAUGGUUUACUAGCACAUGGACAUUUGGCUUCCUUAAAAUCUCCAAACAAGAACAAACAAUAUCAACUUUUUUGGUUGGUCUAAAAGGUUGAAGAUCCAUUCUAGAAACCAUUUCCGGUUGAAGUUUGAAAAUUAAAGAGGUCAGACGGGUGGAAGACAUGCUGCUACAUUCAAUCUGUUGAAGAUCUGAUUUAUAAUUUCGAACCAUUUACAAAUGUUUGUACAAAUAAAUAAAUGAAGAGUGACAUUUGACGAUUUAUCUUGUAUUGUUUAAGCAAACAUUCAAACAAACAAUGAGAACAAUAUGUACCACCAUAGGCUUGGCCAUUAUUAUUA